AUGUCAAGUAUUUUGUCAGGCACCGUCCGCCGGCCGCCAAUUUAUUUGCGCGGGAAAUUACUCGGUGCGGCGCUCGGCCGUUUGAACAAAAGUACCUACGCGUGUCGUAGUUCAUUCCUUGCAGAUCUGCAAGCAAUUGACGAACUAGAAAAACAACUGACUCAGAGAGAUUCCCCGCUUUUAGAAAUUCCAUGUUGUAGUGAAAUAUGUGACGAUACAGAAGUAAUUUUGCAUAGGCGAGAAAACAGAAAGAGGCGGUAUGUGAUAGAAAGUGGUGACGAAGAUGAAAACCCAGAACAGCAGGUUAGCACAAGGCUUGAGAGCGAUUUACGGUAUGAACCAGCGGGACUUGCAAAAAGAGACAAAGAAAUUAUAAAACCGAAAAUUGUAGUCGAUUAUAACAACGCAAAAUCUUCUGUAGACCUAUCUGAUCAGAUGAUCGCAUACUCAACACCUUUGAGAAAAAGUGUAAAAUGGUACAGAAAACUUGGUGUUGAACUGUUGUUGAACAUUGCAUUACUCAAUUCUUACGUAAUUUAUAAAGAAACCACGAAGUCUAAAAUAGGGAUAGUAGAAUAUAGGAAAAAGUUGUGCAAAAAUCUAACAGAGUCGGGCAAAGAAAACAGUAAUCCUGACAUGCCAUUGACAAGAAAUAGGAGGCAAAAGCAUGAGCUAAAAAGAAAGAAGGACCUGUAA